CCUCUUCGUAAUUGAUGUACAACAUAGUACAUACAUUGACAAGGAAAAUCACUGCAUAGUGCAUGUAUCUUGGUCGUACUCUGACAGAUGCACGUGCCACGUAACUAGAUCACUGGCGUGUUUUAAAGUUGCGGCAGCAGCACCUUGAGCCUUAUGGGGGGCCUAGACCGCGAACAGGGCAGUCAAAGCCAAAGAGCCUCCACGCGCUUCACUAGAACUUCGCGAUUUGAUAUUUUUGAGUUUUGAGUUUACGAGCUCCCCUCACCGAUGCCCAACUUAUUUUUUUUACCUUGCGCUAGAGGGAAAUAUUGGCAAUUGAACGCCUCGUUAACGGGACAGGCGUUUGACUUCAACCCUCUCCAUGCUAGGGAGCUCUCCAACCAACACAAAUGCCACUAAACUUUAGACGACUAUUUGAUAACCUUGAUGUUAUUCCCAGCUCGAUAAGACAGGAUGGGAAAGCUCACGACGCUCUCCCAGCUUGAAGGUCAACAAAUCCCGAAAUACGAUAUACGAUGGAGAACGUACCUCCAACCCAGCCACAGAGCCAAAAUGGAUCCUCGCCGGAUAUAACAAUAGGGGGGCGCAAGAGGAGCGGCUCUGGGGGUAGUAUCCUUUCAAAGUUCCCUUUUUUGCGCACCUCCGACAGCAAGUCGAGCCUUAACGAAUCGCGACACGCCGGCACCCACCAAGAUUCCUCUAGCAAACCACCCCGCGCUCUCGCUGCCGCUAUUUCCCAACAGCAGAAGACCCGAAAGCGUAAGGGGUCUCUUCGGAAAGUCGCCCUCUUGGGUCGCGGCGCGGCGCGAGAGAAGCGGGAGUUAAAACCCUUAGCUAUUGAUACGUCAGUAGCUACACAACCAGUCGCCGCACCGGGGAGUACACUUAAGCCGCAACCUAUGGUGGCAAGCGAAGGCCUCGGCUUAGGGAUCUCAGAUCUCACACCGCGCCCAUCUAUGGAUGGCUAUGCCAGGAGAGAUAGUGUUCCUCUAGCCUCACCGUCACCUAUCGAACUCGACCCGCAGGUGACGAGCCCUACGAUAUCAUAUACCUCUACAACAGACGAAGAAGAUAUACUCUCAUUACCAGUCCGCGUCUCGUCGCCCCUAAACCCGGACCUCUCCUCCCUAUCCUCCGGCUCCGAAUCCUACUUCCCGAACCGUGCGCCGAGCACCUCUCUCCAGCGGCGGCGGUCGGUCAAACAUGCCAAAUCGCCAUUAUCUCUACAGGGCCUAACAGCCAGUCCGCUUCCCACAGCACACGAAGACCACGACUAUAACGAGACGGAAUGGUGGGGAUGGGUAGUAUUAAUUGUGACGUGGUUCGUCUUUAUAAUAGGCAUGGGCUCAUGUCUGAAUGUCUGGAGUUGGGCCUGGGAUGUCGGGACUACGCCGUACGCGCCCCCGGAGCUGGAAGACGACCCCACGCUGCCGAUAGUUGGGUACUACCCGGCAUUACUCAUAUUAACGUGUAUCAUGGCUUGGGUCUGGGUCGUCGUCGCGUGGGUCGGUAUGAAGUACUUUAGACAUGCAAAGAUGAGCGGUGAUUGAGCCUUAAGAGCAAUGGGGUUUGGUGUAAUAUUUACGAAUUAAUCGGUUAUUACGAUACCUAAUGAAUUGAAUAUAUUCUAUACGAUGUUAUCGAUGCUGAUUGGG